CUGCGCCAUGGCCGGGGGCCGCGGGGCUCCGGGGCGCGGGCGAGACGAGCCGCCGGAGAGCUACCCGCAGCGCCAGGAGCACGAGCUGCAGGCCCUGGAGGCCAUCUACGGCGCCGACUUCCAGGACCUGCGGCCGGACGCGCGCCGCCCGGUGAAAGAGCCCCCUGAAAUCAAUAUAGUUCUGUACCCACAGGGUCUUACUGGUGAAGAAGUAUAUGUGAAAGUGGACCUGAGGGUAAAAUGCCCACCAACCUACCCAGAUGUAGUCCCUGAAAUAGAUUUAAAGAAUGCCAAAGGUCUGUCCAAUGAAAGUGUUAAUUCAUUAAAAUCCAGCCUGGAAGAAAUAGCCAAAAAACAUUGUGGAGAGGUGAUGAUAUUCGAACUGGCUUAUCAUGUGCAAUCAUUCCUCAGUGAACAUAAUAAGCCCCCUCCCAAGUCCUUUCAUGAGGAGAUGCUGGAACGGCAGGCUCAGGAAGAGCGACGGAGGCGACUGGAAGCCCAGAAGAAAGAAGAGCAGGAGCAACGUGAAAUCCUUCAUGAGAUUCAGAGAAGGAAAGAAGAGAUCAAAGAAGAGAAAAAAAGGAAAGAAAUGGCCAAGCAGGAACGUUUGGAAAUUGCUAAUUUGUCGAACCAAGAUCACACAUGUAGAAGAGAAACGGGGGCAUACAAGCUCACUGUCGGUCUGCGCGGGGGCUCCCCUGACUUGGCAGGAAAUGGUAAACCUCGGACCCACUCCUCAGGAAGGGCUCGGCGAGACCGUCUGUAUUCUAUAUGCAGUAGUGAAGAUUCUCCUGGCUCUUGUGAAAUCCUGUAUUUCUCCAUGGGUGGUCCGGAUCCACUCAUGGUACACAAAGGGAAGUGUAUUGAUAAUGAUGACCAACUUGGAAAAUUAGUUUACAAUGCUUUGGAGACAGCCACUGGAGGCUUUGUUUUAUUGUAUGAGUGGGUGCUUCAGUGGCAGAAGCAAAUGGGUCCUUUCUUAACGAGUCAAGAAAAAGAGAAAAUUGAUAAGUGCCGGAAGCAGAUCCAAGGGGCAGAAACAGAAUUCAACUCCCUGGUAAAACUGAGUCAUCCGAAUGUGGUGCGCUACUUGGCAAUGAAUCUCAAAGAGCAAGACAGCUCCAUUGUGGUGGACAUUCUAGUGGAGCACGUUAACGGAGUCUCUUUGGCUGCCCACCAGCAACACGCAGGCCCUACUCCCAUGCAUCAGCUCCGCAGAUAUGCAACUCAGCUCUUGUCCGGCUUGGAUUAUUUGCACAGCAAUUCCGUCGUGCACAAGGUUCUGAGCACGUCCAAUGUCUUGGUGGACGCAGAGGGCACCAUCAAGAUCACGGACUACAGCAUUUCUAAGCGCCUCGCGGACAUUUGCAAGGAGGACGUUUUCGAGCAAACCCGCGUUCGGUUUAGUGACAGUGCCCUGCCUUACAAAACGGGGAAGAAAGGGGACGUUUGGCGCCUGGGCCUCCUGCUGCUAUCCCUGAGCCAAGGCCAGGAAUGUGGAGAAUACCCCGUGGUCAUCCCGAAUGACUUACCGGCUGACUUUCAAGACUUUCUGAAGAAGUGUGUUUGCUUGGAUGACAAGGAAAGAUGGAGCCCUCAGCAGUUAUUGAAACACAGCUUUAUAAAUCCUCAGCCCAAAAUGCCUUUACUGGAACAAAGUCCUGAAGAUUCUGGAGGACAAGAUUAUGUGGAGACUGUUAUUCCCAGCAACCAGCUGCCCAGUGCUGCCUUCUUCAGUGAAACCCAGAGACAGUUCUCCCGAUAUUUCAAUGAGUUUGAAGAAUUACAGCUUCUCGGUAAAGGAGCUUUUGGAGCUGUCAUUAAGGUCCAGAACAAGCUGGAUGGCUGCUGCUACGCGGUCAAACGCAUCCCCAUCAACCCUGCCAGCCGGCACUUCCGCAGGAUCAAAGGCGAGGUGACUCUGCUGUCGCGUCUGCACCAUGAGAACAUCGUGCGCUACUACAAUGCCUGGAUCGAGAGGCACGAGCGACCGGCUGGCCCCCCGCAAUCCGGGCCUCCAGUCCCAGAAGAGCCAGCUCUGCCACGGCCCCCACUCGGUGACAACUUCACGGACAGUGUGGAGGCCACUGCGCCACCACCCAUCCUCAGCAGCUCGGUGGAGUGGAGCACCUCGGCCGAGCGUUCAGCCAGCACUCGCUUCCCCGGCCCAGGGUCCAGCAGUGAUGAAGAGGAAGAUGAUGACGAGCACAAUGGGGUCUUCUCACAGUCUUUCCUACCUGCUUCAGAUUCUGAAAGUGAUAUCGUCUUUGACAAUGAAGAUGAGAACAGCAAAAGUCUGAAUCAGGAUGAAAACUGCAAUGGAAAAAACAGUCACCGAGAAAGUGAGACUCCAGUGACCACGGGAGCUGUGCACUAUCUGUAUAUCCAGAUGGAGUAUUGUGAGAAGAGCACCCUACGUGACACCAUUGACCAGGGACUAUACCAAGACACUAUCAGACUCUGGAGGCUUUUUCGAGAGAUUCUGGAUGGAUUAGCCUACAUUCACGAGAAAGGAAUGAUUCACCGUGACUUAAAGCCUGUCAACAUAUUUUUGGAUUCUGAUGACCAUGUGAAAAUAGGUGAUUUUGGCUUGGCCACAGAUCAUCUAGCCUUUGCUGCUGAUGGCAAACAAGAUGACAGCACAGAGCACCUGGUUAAAUCUGACCCUUCAGGGCGUUUGACUGGCAUGGUUGGCACUGCUUUGUACGUGAGCCCAGAGGUCCAAGGAAGCACAAGAUCUGCAUAUAACCAGAAAGUGGAUCUCUUCAGCCUGGGAAUCAUCUUCUUUGAGAUGUCUUAUCACCCCAUGGUCACAGCCUCAGAAAGAAUCUUUGUUCUCAACCAACUCAGAGAUCCAACUUCACCCAAGUUUCCGGAAGACUUUGAUGAUGGAGAGCAUACCAAACAGAAAUCCGUCAUCUCCUGGCUGUUGAACCAUGACCCAGCCAAGCGGCCCACAGCCACAGAGCUGUUAAAGAGCGAGCUGCUGCCCCCGCCGCAGAUGGAGGAGUCAGAGCUGCAUGAGGUGCUGCACCAUACCCUGGCCAACGUGGAUGGCAAGGCCUAUCGCACCAUGAUGGGCCAAAUCUUCGCCCAGCGUGUAUCUCCUGCCAUUGACUACACCUAUGAUAGUGACAUACUGAAGGGCAGCUUCUCCAUUCGAAUGGCCAAGGUCCAGCACCAUGUGUGUGAAGCCAUCAUCCGUAUCUUUAAAAGACAUGGAGCUGUUCCGUUGUGCACCCCUCUACUGCUGCCCCGAAAUAAGCAGAUCUAUGAGCACAAUGAAGCCGCCUUGUUCAUGGACCACAGCGGGAUGCUGGUGAUGCUUCCUUUUGACCUGCGGGUUCCUUUUGCAAGAUAUGUGGCAAGAAAUAAUAUAAUGAAUUUAAAACGAUAUUGCAUAGAACGUGUGUUCAGACCUCGCAAGUUAGACCGAUUUCACCCCAAAGAGCUCCUGGAGUGUGCAUUUGAUAUCAUCACCUCUACCACCAACAAUGCUCUGCCCACAGCAGAGGUCAUCUACACCAUCUAUGAAAUCAUCCAGGAGUUUCCAGCACUGCAGGAAAGAAAUUACAGUAUUUAUUUGAAUCACACCAUGUUAUUGAAAGCAAUUCUCUUACAUUGUGGGAUCCCAGAAGAUAAGCUCAGUCAAGUCUAUGUUAUUUUAUAUGAUGCAGUGACAGAGAAGCUGACAAGGAGAGAAGUGGAAGCUAAAUUCUGCAAUCUGUCUUUGUCUUCUAAUAGUCUGUGUCGACUCUACAAAUUCAUUGAGCAGAAGGGAGAUUUGCAGGAUCUAAUGCCAACAAUAAAUUCAUUGAUAAAACAGAAAACCGGUGUUGCCCAGUUAGUAAAGUAUGGCUUGAAAGAUCUAGAAGAGGUCGUUGGACUGCUGAAGAAACUUGGCAUCAAAUUACAGGUCCUGGUCAACCUGGGCUUGGUGUACAAGGUGCAGCAACACAGUGGCCUCAUUUUCCAGUUCGUGGCCUUUAUCCGUCGGAGGCAGAGGGCUGUCUCAGAGAUCCUGGCAGCUGGUGGCAGAUAUGACCUGCUGAUACCCCAGUUUCGAGGACCCCAGGCUCUGGGGCCAGUUCCUAUUGCCAUUGGGGUCAGCAUCGCUAUUGAGAAGAUCUGUGCUGCUGUCCUCAACAUGGAGGAACCUGUUAUAAUAAGCUCUUGUGACCUUCUGGUUGUCAGUAUUGGUCAGAUGUCCAUGUCUAGGGCCAUCAACUUAACCCAGAAACUCUGGACAGCAGGAAUCACAGCGGAAAUCAUGUACGACUGGUCACAGUCCCAGGAGGAAUUGCAGGAGUACUGCCGACAUCAUGAAAUCACCUAUGUCGCCCUCGUCUCUGACAAAGAAGGAAACCAUGUCAAGGUGAAGUCUUUUGAAAAGGAAAGGCAAACUGAAAAACGUGUGCUGGAAUCUGAUCUUGUGGAGCACAUUCUGCAGAAACUGAGAACUAAAGUCAGUGAUGAAAGGAUUGGUGCCAGAGAUGCUUCCGAUAACCUUGCAGUACAAAAUUUGAAGGGGUCCUUUCCUAAUACUUCAGGCUUGUUUGAAGUCCACGGAGCAACAGUCAUUCCCAUUGUGAGUGUGAUAGCCCCAGAGAAGCUGUCAGCCAGCACUCGGAGGCGGUAUGAAAUGCAGGUACAAACCCGACUUCAGACCUCUCUUGCCAACUUACAUCAGAAAAGCAGUGAAAUAGAAAUUUUGGCUGUGGACCUACCCAAAGAAACAAUCUUAGAGUUUUUAUCCUUGGAGUGGGAUGCUGAUGAACAGGCAUUUAACACAACUGUGAAGCAGCUGCUGUCACGUCUGCCAAAGCAAAGAUACCUCAAACUAGUCUGUGAUGAAAUUUUUAACAUCAAAGUAGAAAAAAAAGUAUCGGUGCUAUUCCUUUACAGCUACAGAGACGACUACUACAGAAUCUUAUUUUAACCCUCUUCAGAUAGGAGCUCAUCCUAUGAAAUGUUGUACAGUC